AUGGUUGAGCGAAAGAUCAAGUUCGUGUUCGGCUUCCAACCACUGUUACUAGCAGGAUGCUCGUCAAGUUCCGUGUUGAUACCGUCGAUAUUCCUCAUUAAUCUCUGGUACGACCGCACGUCCCCCGUUUUCGACCCCGCGCAAGUCGACCCGGGCUUGUCGCGCGCGAUCGGCAACAUCGUGGGUGAUGCUCAGCUGGAGGCCCGUGUCGGUUUCUUCGGAAUCUGUGUCAACCCUGACGGCGGUUCGUGGCUGUGCUCCGCGAAUGCUUCCUCUCUGGCCGCGCAGAUCCCUUCGGACCAGGACCCCCUCAACCUUGUGUGGGUCGCGCAGACGUUCAAGGACAGCAUCGUGUUUCCCUACCUCAUCAUCAUCGCUAUCAUUCUCGCUACCGUUGUUUUACUACUACUCGCUACGUUCCCUGGCUACGAGGAGGAGUACCCGGGUGGUCCCAAUGUUGGCCGGUUACCGUCUAGGGCUGUCAGCCAGAUUGCUCUGGCGGUGAUCUUCGUGGCUGCUAUCUUCGUGCUCGUUUCCGUGCUUUGGCAGCAUACGGCGUCCGUUGCAGCAGCGACUAUAGCGGAAAACAUGGGGAAUGGAAGUGUCCAAACGGGAGUGGGUGUUACCGCGAUGAUAUUAGGCUGGUUCGGAUUUGCACUGUUAAUCAUCGUUACCAUCGGUCUCCUUGUCAUGAUUCUGUCCAUGCACCUGGUUGAGAAGUUGACCAACGAGGAAGAGAUCUAAAUCUACACCCAUCCGACACACGACGAACCUAAUGAGGGCUAUGCCAAUUGUAUUACAAAAAGAAGAUAAGUACGGGUCAGGGGGUUUGGGGCUUGGUUGGUUGGGCAGGGUGUCAUGAGUACGAUGAGUGUCUCUUUUCAUUUUCGGCGGUGGCGAUUUCCUUGAUGCAUUUCCUUUGGGUUUUCUUUUCUUUUUCUUUCCUUGUCUUUCCUGGGCGGGAUGGGGGCGAUUCGGGCUUUGCAGUUAUAACGAACGACUACGAUGAUGUGUUGGUGCGAUGGGAGAAUUUUGGGAUGAGGAUUUUUGUUUUGUUUUACGAUACCAUUUCCUAUAUCCACACACGAUGGUUGCACGGGCUGGGCAUGUACAUGUAAUUAUGAUAAGACUGCUUUUGAAUGGUGCAAAGCAGCAGUAAGAUGAUGAACAAAGCUUGCA